ACUCUCCGGAUCGCUCCGCCGUCCGCAGCUCCGUGUGUUGAUGUACCAUGCAGUCUGCAGCGGAGGACGCACCGCGCGCUCGGGAUGCUGCCGCCUCAGCCUCGUCUGCACUAACGGAGUAGUCGUCCCUCCAUCCUUUUCUUCUCUCCUCUCCUCUUUUUUCUCUCUGUUUUCUCCCAGCUGAAGUCGCGGGACCUCGCUGCUUUCACUCCGCUGCACCUGCACCCUUUUUUUUCUCUGUGGAUAAAAAGGCAUAAGGGCUUCUGUCUGUCUGCUGCUCUUACAUCUCCACGGCCGGUUGGAUCUCUCAGACCGUGUGUCCGGCACUCAUGGAUGGGUUUCUGGCUUCAUGCAUGAUGUGCUGGUGGAGGGUUCUGCUGCUCUCGGCCGUUCUGCGCCGCUCUCUCGGCUCUAUCCUGGACUGCCCGCCCACCUGCAGCUGCUCCAGCACGGAGAUUUUCUGCAAUAAGUCCUACCAGGGAACCUUUUUCCCUCUUCUCGCAUUGCAUGAAACUGGCGGCGAGGGGAACGGAACCCACAACAGCAUACCGGACCUGUUUGAGAACAUCACCUCCAUACACAUUGAGAACUGGUCGGGCCUCCAGACUCUACGCGAUGUGGACAUGGCACUGUACACUGGACUCCAAAGACUAACCAUCAUGAACUGCAAUCUGAGGGGGAUCCUACCUCGAGCCUUUGCGCAGAACCCACAACUACGCUACAUAAACCUGUCGCGGAACCCCCUGACCACUCUUUCCUGGCAGCUUUUCCAGCAUCUGCAGCUUAUUGAUCUGAGGCUGGAGGGGGUCGUCUUUAACUGCAGUUGUGAUAUCCGCUGGAUCCAACUGUGGCAGCAGAAGGGCGAGGCUGGACUCCAUAACCAGCAGCUGUUCUGCAACAACGGCUUCAGCAAAAUCCCUCUGCAGCUCAUGAACAUCUCACAAUGCGAUUUACCGGAGAUCAGUGUGACCCACAGUAAUGUGACCGUUACGGAGGGGGACAGGGUCACCAUCACCUGCAACGGCUCGGGAGUUCCUGUACCGGACGUGGACUGGAAUGUUAAUGGACUUCACUCAAUCAACACACACCAGGCCAUUCAGUAUCCUCCGAAUGUCCACUCCAUCAAACUAAGUCUGUUCAACGUCAGUCGAGAUGACAAUUUCUUCAUGCUGACCUGCAUUGCUGAGAACGUGGUGGGGAUGACCAAUGCUUCUGUCACACUGUCUGUGCAGUUCCCACCCACCAUCGUGCGGUUUGGGGAGCCAGAGAAAUGGCAUGACACCUGUAUGAUGUUCACGGUGCGGGGGCACCCCCUCCCCACGCUGCGCUGGAUCUACAGAGACGGCGAGCUGACUCAGUCUGAGUACGUACGCACAGAGAUGGAGGUUUAUCAGGACUAUCUGGAGGGCUGUCUGGUGUUUAAGGACCCGACGCACCACAACAACGGAAACUACACACUGGAGGCCCGAAAUGCACUGGGCACGACCAGCAAGACGGUGUACGCCCACUUCAUGGGGGCGCCAUUCUCAGUUCACCCCUCCCUUCAUUCUCCAGUGAGUCCGAGUCUGACGCCCACCAUCGCAGUCACACACCGGCCGGAAGAGGACACUUUCGGGGUUUCUAUCGCGGUGGGCUUGGCUGGAUUUGCCUGUGUUCUCCUCCUCGUCAUGUUUGUGCUGAUUAACAAAUAUGGCAGACGCUCCAAGUUCGGCAUGAAAGGUCCUGUAGCUGUUAUCAGUGGUGAAGAAGACUCUGCCAGUCCUCUCCAUCAUGUCAAUCAUGGGAUUAUAACCCCGUGUACGCUGGACGCCGGACCGGACGCUGUGGUGAUCGGCAUGACCCGAAUACCGGUGAUAGAGAACCCUCAGUACUUCCGACACGGACACAACUGCAACAAGCCUUCUACAUACGUGCAGCACAUAAAGAGAAGGGACAUCGUGCUGAAGCGGGAGCUCGGCGAAGGGGCCUUUGGGAAAGUGUUCCUGGCAGAGUGUUAUAACCUCAGCCCCACCAAGGACAAGAUGCUGGUGGCUGUCAAGACCCUGAAGGACCCGACGUUGGCAGCGAGGAAAGAUUUCCAGAGAGAAGCUGAACUCCUGACCAACCUGCAGCACGAACACAUCGUCAAGUUUUACGGCGUGUGUGUGGACGGUGACCCCCUCAUCAUGGUAUUUGAGUACAUGAAGCAUGGAGACCUGAACAAGUUCCUCAGAGCUCAUGGUCCUGAUGCUAUGAUCCUGGUUGAUGGGAAGCCGCUGCAGACCAAUGGGGAGCUGGGCCUGUCUCAGAUGCUGCACAUAGCCACUCAGAUCGCCGCGGGGAUGGUUUAUCUGGCAUCCCAGCACUUCGUACACAGAGACCUGGCAACCCGGAACUGCCUCGUGGGUAACGGCCUGCUGGUCAAGAUUGGAGACUUUGGGAUGUCCAGAGACAUUUACAGCACUGACUACUACCGGGUUGGAGGUCAUACGAUGCUGCCCAUUCGUUGGAUGCCACCGGAGAGCAUCAUGUACAGGAAGUUCAGCACGGAGAGUGACGUAUGGAGCUUCGGUGUCAUCCUCUGGGAAAUCUUCACGUAUGGCAAGCAGCCUUGGUUUCAGCUGGCCAAUAAUGAGGUAAUUGAAUGUAUAACUCAAGGUCGUGUGCUGGAGAGGCCGCGGCUCUGUCCUAAGGAGGUCUAUGACAUCAUGCUGGGCUGCUGGCAGAGAGAGCCGCAGCAGAGGCUCAACAUCAAAGACAUCCAGAAAAUUCUCCUUGCCUUGGGAAAAGCCACACCGGUCUACCUGGACAUCCUGGGCUAGAGCGGGUCGGAACCGGCCCGGCGGACCGGACGGACGAGCAAACCCAGGAAUAACCCAAACGACGCGUACCUUAGACACCACUGUCAGACACCUGCGGAGUGGGGACGGACUUAAGUGCCUGCUACACCUUUCCAAAUACUGGAAUACGAGUCUUUGAAAAGCACUUUUACAUUUUGUUUACCUGCAUAUAAAAUUGUACAGUUCUAC